UGUCAAACGCCGUCAAGGAAGGAGCCAAGAAAAAGAAACACUCUGCGCAAUCAAUCGAUCGGGGAGGCAGGAAAAAUCGAGUUUUUCACCUCGUCCAGAAAGGAAAAGCUCUGGUUCGCUCGUGCCCUCUGCGUGUGUGUGUCCGCGACUCCGAUUGCAUUCGCGCAAUGAUGUAGUGCAUUGCGUACGCUUUACACGGUCCCAAAAUCGAAGUCGAAUUCCUUCGGUGCGAUAAAAAAAAGAAGCCCCCUUGUUGUAUAUCGAGAGCCGUCACUACGCACACACAGCAGAAGUUGGAACGGGCAAAGGCGAAAACCAACCAAAUAGUGCUGUGGUGCUGAAUCGUUUGGCAGACGAAAAGUCAAGGGCCAGUGCGUGCGUGCGUGCUUGCGUUACUGAGUGUGUCCGGCGGAGGAGGUACUCCGCACAGGUGGUGAAAAAAAAAACAAAUCCGUGAAAGUUUGCGGAGGGUGCUUUGGUUUGUCGAUCGAAGACGGCGGCGACCCGUUCAACGACAGGAAGAGGAAUUGUGUGAGUGUGCGUGUGUGUGUGUGUGUGCACUUGUAAGAAAGGCACAGACGGUACAGAACAAAGUGUUGUGCGGGGUGUGAAAGCGUUUGCGCUGUUCUACAGCGUUUUGUGCGUGCAAACUAAACGGUGAACAGCGGCAGCCCAUCAACACCACCAGCAUGGAGUCACUGAUUCCGAUCGUGAACAAGCUGCAGGAUGCGUUCACGCAGAUGGGGGUGCAUAUGCAGCUUGACCUGCCACAGAUCGCGGUGGUCGGCGGUCAGUCGGCAGGAAAAUCGUCCGUGCUGGAAAAUUUCGUCGGAAGAGAUUUUCUCCCCCGAGGAUCCGGCAUCGUAACGCGACGACCAUUGAUUUUACAGCUAAUCAAUGGAACUGUGGAAUUUGGAGAGUUCCUUCAUCAGAAGGGUAAGAAGUUCUCCAACUUUGAGGAGAUUCGGCAGGAGAUCGAAGCGGAAACCGAUCGCAUUACCGGUAGCAACAAGGGUAUCUCAAACAUACCGAUUAAUCUUCGCGUGUACUCGCCGCAUGUACUCAACUUGACGCUUAUCGAUUUGCCCGGUUUGACGAAGGUACCGAUCGGCGAUCAGCCAGCCGACAUUGAGAACCAGAUCAAGGGCAUGAUCUUUCAGUUCAUCCGCAAGGAAACGUGUCUGAUUUUGGCCGUCACGCCCGCCAACACCGAUUUGGCCAACAGUGAUGCGCUCAAGCUGGCCAAAGAGGUCGACCCGCAGGGCGUCCGGACGAUCGGUGUCAUCACCAAGCUCGAUCUGAUGGACGAGGGAACGGAUGCGCGCGAUAUUCUCGAGAACAAGCUGCUGCCGUUGCGCCGCGGCUACAUCGGUGUGGUGAACCGGUCGCAAAAGGAUAUCGAGGGCAGAAAGGACAUCCAUGCGGCCCUGGCCGCGGAGCGCAAGUUCUUCCUGAGCCAUCCGAGCUAUCGGCACAUUGCCGAUCGGCUCGGCACGCCGUAUCUGCAGAAGGUGCUCAAUCAGCAGCUGACCAACCAUAUCCGUGAUACGCUGCCGGCGCUGCGCGAUCGGCUACAGAAGCAGAUGCUAACGCUGGAGAAGGAUGUGGAUCAGUACAAACAUUUCCGCCCGGACGAUCCAAGCAUCAAGACGAAGGCUAUGCUGCAAAUGAUCCAGCAACUGCAGUCGGAUUUCGAGCGCACAAUUGAAGGUUCCGGUUCGGCGCUAGUCAACACGAACGAACUUUCUGGCGGUGCCAAGAUCAAUAGAAUAUUCCACGAGCGAUUGCGUUUCGAGAUCGUCAAGAUGUCGUGCGAUGAGAAGGAGCUGCGGCGUGAAAUUUCGUUCGCCAUUCGCAAUAUUCACGGUAUUCGUGUCGGUCUGUUCACCCCGGACAUGGCGUUCGAGGCGAUCGUAAAGAAACAAAUCUCCCAGCUCAAGGAACCGAUCCUGAAGUGUGUCGAUCUGACCGUCUUGGAGCUGUCUAAUGUUGUGAGAAUUUGCACAGACAAGAUGGCUCGUUAUCCGCGUUUGCGCGAUGAGACGGAGCGUAUCAUUACUACGCACAUUCGCCAGUGCGAACAAAAGGCCAAAGAGCAGAUGAUGCUGCUGAUCGACUACGAGCUGGCCUACAUGAACACCAACCAUGAGGAUUUCAUCGGUUUCGCAAAUGCUCAAAGCAAAACCGAAAAUGCGGUCAAGACGGGCACUCGCAACCUUGGCUCGCAAGUGAUCCGCAAGGGGCACAUGUGCAUUCAAAACCUCGGCAUCAUGAAGGGUGGCUCCAGACCGUACUGGUUCGUGCUAACGUCCGAGAGCAUCUCGUGGUUCAAGGAUGAGGACGAAAAGGAGAAGAAAUUUAUGCUGCCCCUGGAUGGGCUGAAGCUCCGUGACAUUGAGCAAGGAUUUAUGUCCCGGCGACACACGUUCGGUCUGUUCAAUCCAGAUGGACGUAACGUUUACAAGGAUUACAAGCAAUUGGAGCUGUCUUGCGAAAGCACUGAUGAUGUGGAUUCAUGGAAAGCAUCCUUCCUGCGUGCGGGUGUGUACCCUGAAAAGGAUACUCCCGCCAACGGAGAUGAGACGGAAGCGGAGGAGAGUGGAGGCGAAAGUGGUCCAACUGGGCAGUCCCUUGAUCCACAGUUGGAGCGCCAGGUAGAGACGAUACGCAAUCUUGUCGAAUCGUACAUGCGCAUCGUCACCAAAACUACGCGUGACAUGGUUCCGAAAGCUAUUAUGAUGCUCAUCAUUAACAAUACCAAGGAUUUCAUCAAUGGCGAGCUGUUGGCGCAUUUGUACGCUACCGGCGAUCAGGCCUCGAUGAUGGAGGAAAGCGCGGACGAAGCACAAAAACGUGAAGAAAUGUUGCGAAUGUAUCACGCGUGCAAGGAAGCGCUGCGUAUUAUUGGUGACGUAUCGAUGGCUACCUUCUCUACGCCCGUACCACCACCGGUGAAAAAUGAUUGGUUGUCGAGCGGUCUCGACAACCCGCGGCUGUCUCCCCCGAGCCCGGGCGGUCCGCGUAAAGCUGCACCACAGCAGCAGGGUUCGCUCAGCUCUAUGGGAGCUCCGGCUGGCCGGGGACCACCACCAGCACCAGCUAGUGCUAGGCCGGCCCCGGCAAUACCGAACCGACCUGGAGGUGGUGCCGCACCACCCCUGCCCGGUGGCCGUCCAGGUGGCCAGGCACUACCGGCACCAUUGAUUCCAUCGCGUCCGGGUGGUGGUUCCGUUGCUGGCAUGGCACAGAUGCUUCCGGCCAGCACCAGGCAACAGAUCAACCAGCAGGUCGGACAGGCCGUCACCAAUGCCGCCAUGAACGAACUGUCGAAUGUGUUCGCCUCGAAGUUCAAUCGACCUGCCCAGAAUGCGCCACCGCGCCUACCGGAUCGACCGUACAAUGCCAUGGGACGGCCAUGAACGUGACCAUAUAUACAUAUAUGCUUGAAUGAGGAUGUAAAAAGGUGCAAAAAAUAGGAGUGUGAUGAGGAGCAUGGAUUGUAAAACCAGAGCCGAGCAGUCGUCCUUAUUGUGCUGUUGGUAGUAGCGAAAACUGUGGUAGUGAGGUAAUGUAAGAAGCGCCCGCUCCCGCUUGGUCCAUGGACCAGAAACACAACUAACACGUGAACUAUUUGUUAAGUGUAUAGUUCCUUGCUUUUCCGUCUUCUACACUGCCCCCAUAGUUGGUCUCACAUUGAGCCACAUCAUCUUCGAUCUUUGCGACCGAUCAUCAGCUUCUUUCUUUUCGUAUCAAGCUUUGGAAUCGAUCGUGUCGCACCGAUGCUUUCUUGCCUCUUUUUCAACCUUUUGCUCAGUACGGGAUGAUAAGUACGUGCAGCCGAAAGGGAACCGAAACCAUUCCGUUUUGGGCCAAACAAACAACCUCCAAAAUGUGGCCAACAACCGCCAAAAUAUCGAGAUAGACGAGUGAGUGAGAGAGAGAGAGAGGGAGUAUAGUGUGGCGAUUUAUACAGGUUUAGUAGACGAUUGUUCAGGUUCAGGCUGCUACAGGGUAUAAUUAUGCUGCUGCUGCUGCUGCUGCUGUUUUAGAUAGUUAGUAAGAAAGGAAUGUUAACUUAUGAGGCCUUUGUGUACCACAUGGACUGGAUAUCACCUGGUGGUAGGUAGCUGCGAUUAUAGGCGCUACGAGUGCCACCGGUGCAAGCUGUACAGAAGUUUAAGGAGCAUCAACUGUAGAACGGAAAUAGCGUACGCAUAGAACAAUUCAAACACAGGGUAUGCACGAUACGAUAUUAGAAUAGUGGGAAUACAUUACAAAGCAUAACACAUUUCGUACGGCACUGGUUGGUAGUGGGGCGGCUGUCCGCGUCUUGUCUGUCCCUAUUCCAGUACUCACUAGCCCUCGCGACUCCCUUUCGAGCGAUCGAACGGUGAAACAACACAAAGACCGUCGAAGUAUUAACGUGUUAGGGACAUUUGCUUAGACUGUGCAGACAAGGCGAUAAGAGCUAGCUGCUGCCCCUCCCAUCUAGCCUGACACGAUUUGCGAAAUUAGCAGAAUGGACUUAAGCUUAAUCUAACAAUUAUUUUUCAUUGAGCGCAAUGGGCAUUUCGGAUGAUCAUCACCCGAGUCCAGUCGGUCACACACAUACACACACACACACACAUCAAAGCUCAACACUAUUCUAACGUGCUAAAGUAUUAUUUUGUACAUUUCUUGUCAUAUAAUAUUUUGUAAAUAAAUCACCCUGGAUGGUGGAAAAAGCGAA